CCCUGCUUUGGCGAUACAAGUAUAUUUCUCGUUCGGUAUACUCUCUAUCUCUAGGGUUUCCUUGGAUAUAAUUGCUGAGUUUAUGUAAUGUUGUUCAAGUGUCCGCAUCUCCACUUGGAAGAGGUUCUCGGUCCAAGCUUCGAAACAAUGAAAGAAUGACCAGCGACUUUCAAACAGCGGUCACUUGCAGCCUGUGCUGGGAAUUAUUUGCAGCAGGCAUCCAGGAUCCACUAAUCCUUCCAAAAUGCGGCCACACCUUCUGCCGGCAGUGCCUGUGCAAACUGGAGUCCAAGGGCACCUGGCACUGUCCCCUCUGCAGAUGUCCUUACAGAGGCACAUCGAUCUCAGAAUUGCCUGUCAACUUCGUUGCUCUCAGUGUGAUAUCAACCUUGAAGCGCUCUGAUAGGAAGAUUCAGGCAAAGUCUAAAGGUUCUACUGGUCACUUCACUAGUUCUCUGAAUGGAAAACAAACUCCUCUCAGGAACUCUGCAGCUCUUUCAUCCCCAAAUCGCAAAAGCAAUAAAUUACUGCUUCGUCGUGCAGAGGCACCUGAAAGAUUGCAGUUCUCUUUGAUGUUCAUUUCCGGUUUAUCCUUCGAGGAGCAGCGCUACAAGGAGCAAACGAAAAGAGACUCCUCAAGUAUUGUGAAUAAAUCUGCCUUUACUUCUCCCAAUGCUGGACGUUUCCUUUUUGCCAAAGACGACACAUCGGGAUCAGCUUCUUCCUCUGCAUCUGCUAGUGCACUGUCAUUAUUUAGAUUUGGACAAGCGAAGUCAACACUGGGUAACGUGUCCCCAACCUCUUGUGGAAGGGACAAGGUAACUUUAGCAAGACCUGAGUCUUCAGUCACCAAGAACGCGUUUGAUCAACCACCCUGUUUUGAGCUGCCAAUAAACAACCCUACUGUAUCUAGUGGUCAGUCUAAUGGAUGUGUAUGGCACACGGAGUAUUUAUUCAAGGGCUUCACGUUUGCCUCUGACUUGACACCUUCGGCACCGAAAGCUGAUCCAAGAGACAGGAGCCAAAUUCCAGAACUUUUGAAGUGCAACGAGCCUAAUUCAGCCUCUAGAUCUCUGCCAAAUGACAUUAAUAUCAGCUCGAUUGUAAAUGAUCUGCGGUUAUUAACCAUUUCAAAAACCUCCACCACUGAAUCCUCGGGAAUGCACAAUCUGAGUUCUGUAGUGAAAGAAUCAAAUACAGAAAUAGUCUUGACACAGAAUAGAAGUUCUCCUUUGAAAAUCCCCAUCACAAAUAUGGUCUCAACAAAUGAGACUUUUUCCAAAGCAUCAACACCAGGAGAAUCUUUCAAUUUUGGAAUUUCUCAUUUAGACCUUCCAUUAACAAUUACUACUUCUCUCCAGAUGCUCAGAAGUGAUGUAAAUUACUUCCAGAAGAUCCUAUCCAAAGAAUUUGGAUUAACAAAUGCUUCAGCAUCAGAUAGCUCCGCACCCACAAACAGUCCAUCUUUGGAAACCUCGACCCCAAGACAUACCUCAACGUCCAACGAUUCCUCUUCCAAAACAGCAGCAGCAAAUAACCCCAUCUCAUUCACGGACCUAAAAAAAAAUAAUCAUCUCAAGGUCAUCCCCAUGAAUCAAAAUAAUUCAAAUGCACAUUCUUUCAGAUUUACGCAUAUGGACCCAAGAAAGGCCAUUCUCACUACAUUCCAGAAGCUCAACAGCGAAACGGGAUACUAUGAAGAGAUCACAUCCAAGGGAUUCCUUGGUAAAGAACCUAGUGCACAUAGGUUUAGAAGAACAUUGAGGAUGCAUUGGAGAAGACAUGGAAAAUGUCAAGAGAGCAAGAGCGCUCAAAAAAAUCAGGAUCUGCAGUGUCAGUCUUCAAGCACAUCCUUUCGUGGUCUUGGUGCAAGGCCUAAAUCCUUCACGCUUAAAAAGAAACUAUGAAGUUCUUACGACAGACUGGCUAAAUCCAACAGAGGCAAUCACAACGUAUUUUCCAUAUUCUGUUUUCUGUUUAUAAUCUUAUGCUGAUUGCGUAGUCUUGCAAAACUCGUCCACAGGUCAUAUUCUUUAUUUGGAUGGAGUCUUGAUGUCAGUUGUUUUCUUUUCUUUUGUCUUUUAGUUUUUAAUUUUGUUAAAAUAUGCUUAACAUAAUACCGUAAGAUGUAAUAUAUGGUUCAACACUUUGGGACUUAAAAUUACAGAUUUAGAUAUAUGGUUAUUCUAAUUUUACAAUGCUUUCACCAGACACCAGAGCAGAAAUAUUACCAACUGGGAUGUUCUUGUGAAGUCUUUGUCUGUUAUACAAACGAAUACCCAAGUACUUAGUCUUCCUUGUAGAUGGAAUUCAUUUUGUUUGUGAUUCCUGAGCAUUUGGUGCCUUGUCUUUAUAACAGACAGAAUUAAAUUUCAUUGGGAUGGAACAUAUUUUGUCUUUUGUAAAUAUCUAGUGGGUUGGGGUAUUUUCAUAAUGAAUGACGGUAACCAUUGACAGGAAAAUAAUUUUUAAUUUUGUCUAAUGCAAGUAAGUAUAGGGAUGGGCUAAUUUUAAAUGAUAGCUAACGUGUUGAUAUAUGUUAAUUUUACAUUACAGUUGUAAUCUUGAAAGUUGUAUAAUUAGAAUGAGAUGUUGACCUGUUAUUAUUAUUAUUAUUAUUAUUAUUAUUAUUAUUAUUAUUAUUAUUAUUAUUAUUAUUAUUAUUUGUUGACUUACCAUUA